UUUGGGGGCGGAGAAGAGGUGCAUAAAAUUUAGCUGUCAUUCAAAACAGCUGUGAAUCAAGGAGCUCUCUGCAAAAUUUAACAGCAGAUAUGGGGUACCCCCUGAUCCAUCAGCUGUGUUUCCUGCUGGUCAGCUCCCUGCUCUGCCAGAGUCCGGGUGUUAGCGGCCUGUUCGAGUGGCUCAGACAGACAGAGUCUGCUCCAAAAGCAGCAGCAGCGCCUCCUCCAGUCGCUCCAGCGGUCCUCGCAAAGGAUGCUCGGUUUGAAAUGGCCACAGUGGAUGAGAAGUUUCUGGCUGAAGCAAAACACAUGGACAUCAGCCCGCUAGACAGCUGCCACUACAGGGUGGUAGCCCGGCUGAAGGCGAGCUGCGAUGGUCUCUCAGAGGAGCAACUUGCAAAACUGGGAGUCCUUCUGUUUAAUUGUCAGGCAGAGAGCGAGGGCCGCCCAGCCUACCCGUGUACAGAUGAAAUGUCUAUUAAAGAGUGCACAGCAGACAUGGACUCAGACACAUGGAAUGCCUACCACAUAGUGAGCAACAGAGCGCGCUCAGUAUGCUACGCGACUCGCCAGCAGCUCUUCAGGCGUAGAGCGGAGCACACGGUGAACACACUCAUCUCUACAGCCACCAGCCAACUGGACGCGAUGAAGGACCUGAAGGAGGGCCAACUGGAGCUAAAGGAGCUGACCACAGCCUCUUUGAACAAGCUGCUGCAAGGACACAGCGUUCUGCAGGAACAACAGGGGAAACUGUACGAGGGUCAGGAGCAGAUGGAGAGCUCGCUGAGGGACAACCUGGAGCGUCUGGGUGAGGAGAAAGCUCUCAUCGCCUCAGGACAGGAACUGGUGGCUCAGCUCAUCAAGGGCAUCACAGAGAAAAUGGAAAAUGUGAGUGAACAUCUGCAGAUCCAGGGCUCAGAGGUCCAGGACAGCCACAGUGCCAUCGUUAAAGACCUCGAAGACGUCAGACACCAAGCUCAGGACAUCUACCAGAAAAUUGACCACAGCAUGCUGGAGUUCCUGCAGUACCAGGACCAGACCUCCCAGUACUACGCAGACCUCAUGACCAAACUGGAGCGGAUGAACAGCACACUGGGAUUUGUGCUGCACUACCUGGACAACAUGCAGGGCAAGAUAGAGGAGAGGCUCCACAUGAUCCAGGGCUACCUGGGCUGGGCAGGUCUGAGCCUGACAGCCAUGUGGACGUGUGUUUCACAUACAGUAUACUUUGUUCUGUGUGCCGUCCUGCUGACGUUCCUGCGUUGUCCGGGUUUCUCCAGAGCCAUGCUGCUGCUCACUGUCCCUCUGAACGCAAUAGCGGAAAUAAACCAGCAGCCGGCGUUAGAUCUGACCGGUCUGAGCUUGCUGGUGCUGACGCUGACUCUUGGUCACUGGUUUGUGAACCAGUUGUGCGCCUCUUUCAAGUUCAGUAGAAAGCUGGUCACUCCUCUGCUGCUGCCCCCAUGUGACAUAGUGAAACCACAAAAAGCAACAAGCAACCACUCAUAUCCACCGUCCUCUACUCCACAGAAAGAUGAAUCGGACGGCUUCAUGGACAGAGAUGACCUGUUGAAUCAGGACAGCUUCAUAUCAGGCGCCCUCGGCAUGUCAGCGGUGUCCCCUCCUCACAGAAGGACAAUGCCAGAGUCUAGAUUUGUACCGAUUAUUGGCACACCGAAUCAUUCGACUCCCAGGCUCAUUCCACAGCCACUACUGUCAGGGGUUCUGACUGAUGAAAUCCCCCUGAGGAACCUCGGAGGUUUUGAUGGAGUGAAUGACUCGAGAGAUUUGGGGAACGACUCCCGUAGUGCCAGUCCAGCCCCGUCUCUCAUCAGCAACAGCUCUCUGUCUGGCCGUCAGCUCUGCAAUGGCAUCACUAAAACAGGGAAGGCCUGUAAGAAGAGAGCUGUGCCUGGACUGGAGUACUGCAGAGUUCACGAAGGAGGGCUAAGCUCGUAUGUCCAGUCCUGAAAUGCUCGUCUUUACAUGAACUUUUUUUAUUACUUCGCCAGAGGUUUUUCUCUGCAAAAUACUACACAACUGUUACAGCUUUAUUGUGUAUGCUUUGCCUGUUUCACUUAAACAUGAAGUUGCUUUUGAGCACUUUAUUUGCAUUUUUUAAAAUGUACUUUGUCUUAUUUUUAAUUGUGCAUUUUUAAGUUAAUAAAUUAUUCUUUAUUAGUUUUA